AUGCGGUACUUGCCUCGCCCGAUCGACCUGCGCCACAUGGAGCAAUUCAUUUCCUUUUUCAUCACUGGCGUCACUAUUCUCGUGGUGGCUGUGCCUGAGGGGCUUCCACUAGCUACAGGCACGUUGACAACAAAUCGAAUGGAAGUAGUGGCCAUCUACGUGGAAUCGAACUUCAUUGCUCCGAUCAAAGGGAAGGUUUCCAAUAAGAUUUCCAAGAGUGUUAGAAAGCUUCUCGUGGAUAGCAUCGCUUUGAACUCGUCUUACACAUCGAUGAUCGUGCCCAGCGAAAUACCCGGUGGGCCCCCGAGUUUCAUGGGAAAUAUGACUGAAUGUGCUCUUCUCGGCCUCGCCAAGGAACUCGGCGCGGAUUACAAGGCGAUCCGAAGCGCAGUGCCGGACACGUCUUUCACUCACGUCCUCACUUUCAACUCUGACCGGAAAUCCAUGACAACCAUGGUCCGGUCCGAGCUCGUGGGCUACAAACCCGGCCACUACGUCAUCCACACCAAGGGCGCCUCCGAGAUCGUUCUCAAACACUGCGAACGCGUCUUAGUCGCCGACGGCAACGAGGAGAUCAUCAGCCCGGAAACCCUGGCGUCCAUCAACAAAAUCAUCAGCACGAUGGCGGCGAAUGCCUUGCGGACCAUAGGCCUGUCGUUUAAGAUCCUGCCGGAUACGGCGGACUUGGAAGACGAUUCAGCGACGUUGGAGUCGCAAACUUUGAUCGCCAUUUGCGGGAUUGAGGAUCCCGUGAGGGAGGAAGUGCCGGCGGCCGUGGCGGCGUGUCAGCGGGCGGGGAUCACUGUGCGCAUGCUGACCGGGGAUAAUUUGAAUACGGCCAAGAGCAUAGCCACACAAUGCGGAAUCUUGAGCAGCGACGAGAGCGACGUCCUCGCGAUGGAAGGAACGGAAUUCAACAAGAAAAUCAAAGAUCCAGACUCGGGCCAAGUGAUACAAUCUCAGCUGGACAAAAUAUGGCCGAAACUUCGAGUGCUCGCCCGGUGUUUGCCCGAGGACAAGUACAACCUGGUGCGCGGGAUGCGGAUGGCCAAGCCUGUCGGGGCAAGCAGGAACCGGGAAGUCGUCGCAGUGACCGGGGACGGCACGAACGACGCCCCGGCCCUCAAGAUGGCCGAUGUCGGGUUCGCCAUGGGCAUCACCGGCACCGACGUGGCCAAGGAGGCCUCGGACAUCAUCCUCAUGGACGACAACUUCACCAGCAUCGUGAAAGCCGUCAUGUGGGGUCGCACCGUUUUCGACAAUAUUUGCAAAUUUCUCCAGUUCCAGUUGACGGUGAAUCUAGUGGCCCUGGUCAUUUCAUUCACGUCGGCCUGCGUUCUGAAUGACAGUCCACUCCGAGCAGUUCAAAUGCUAUGGGUUAACAUGGUCAUGGACACUCUGGCAUCCGUGGCUCUGUCAUCCGAAAACCCCUCGGAAGACGUGCUUGAGAGAUUGCCGGUGGGAAGUGCGUCGAACAUUGUCACGAAAGACAUGUUCUCGCUCAUCGUCGGCAUGGCUUUUUACAUGCUCGUCGUGUUGCUGACAGUGCAAUACUAUGGGCCGAAGAUGUUCAGAAUGUCGUGA